AAUCAUGAAUUAGCUAAUAAAUUAGAAUAGUGGGCAAAAUCGAGGUGGAAGUGAUCAACCCCAUGCAAUUAAUGUUAAUGUUGUUGUGAAUUUACAGCAAGCUAAUCUAAACUUACAAACUUCUAUUGACCCAGAAAUUCCAUUUAAUGUCUUUAUUAAUGGAAUCAAAGAACAAAUAUUUGCUCAAAGAAUGCAAGCACAAUACGAGGAAACCAUUGAAUAUUAAUUGGGAAAUGGAUCAAAUUUAUAAUAAAAUGAAAGCAGAACAUUAUAGUAUUUGGGAUUCACUAAUAAUUGUACACUCUAUGUUAGGCUUAAGCUCAAAGGAGGAUAAUGAAUAAUAUAAAUAAUUAUAAUAAUGUAAAAAG